CGUCGCCCGUGCGGGAGGCUCCCUGCGCUUCGCGGUGCUGUGGUUCCAAGGCCCUCCGGAAGUAGACGACAGAGGCCCGGCCCGGCCAGAGGAGACACCAGGACAACGCUGCCCAUCUCGGCCGGCGCGCGUUCCCGGAUCAUCACACACCGGGCCAGGGGUGUGCCACAGGAAGAAUGGCGGUUGUGGGCAUCCUGCUAGGCCUGCUGAGGCAGCGUGUGGGGAUGGGGACCGCCUCUGAGGGAUGCCAACUGCACACAUCCUCCCGGUGGUCUAACAGCAGCAGAGCGUUGCUCACGCGUGUGCACCGGCAGGCCUAUGCUCGCCUCUACCCAGUGCUCCUGGUCAAGCAGGAUGGCUCCACCAUCCACAUCCGCUACUGGGAGCCACGGCGGAUGCUGCAGAUGCCUGUGGACCUGGAUACCCUAUCCCCAGAGGAGAGGCGGGUACGGCUCCGCAAACGUGAGGCCCAGCUCAGGAAGAAGGAAGAGAGGCCAGAGCUGGGCGAUGACUUUGACAUUGGGCAGUACAAACAGUUUUGGACCAAGAAGUGACCUUGCCUGGAAGCUGUUCUGGCCCAGGAUACUGGAGGGGGGGGGCAGGUCUAUAAAUGGUUAUGUUUAGGAAGUUGCCUCCACCCUGCCUGUCCUGUGCCUCAACCUGGAGGGAACUUCUGUAACAACUUA